AAGUAUUUUUAUAUGAUAAAGAAAGUCGUUAUCAGGGGAAAAAAAUGAUCAGUGAUUUCAUAAUACCCGCCCAUUACAUCUUCUAAACAUUUUUAACUAGGUGUCGGAGUAAACAUUUAAAUGUUGAAGAUUUUACCCACCAUCACCAUAAAAUGGCGUUACAAGAUUGGUUUUGCUUAAACGCACGGAAUACCCACAAAAAAUAAUCCAGCGCAAAAUUGUAUCUGGUAAAUUUGGUAAUUGCCACAAGCCAAAAACUGCGAUAACAAAAGCGUGUGAAAAACUGCGAACAAAGGCGGAAACACAAACAAGCCCUGCGGCGUUCUAAAAACCAGAGCGGCUGAGAGGUGGUAAAAACUGAGCCAGUAGAUCCGAGAGGAUGCACUUUGGCCAGGAGACGAGGCCAUCAUUGGGGCUCCUGGCUGUGGCUGAGUCGACCGCAACGGCAAGUUGAUGUUGCCCCCGUCCUGGCAUCUAAUUGGGGCCCUCCUCGUGCUCGCGGCAACAGCGGGGGACUCCACCAACAAGAUCAUCUUGCCGCAGAUUCUAAACGGUGGCGGCGGGGGCGUCGGAAUUGCCCCGGGCAAACAUCCGUCCGGCUCCAAGGCAGUGGUGGCUGGAGCGGUUCCAAAUUUCGGAGGAGCAGCAGUUGCUGGAGCGGGAGAGGGAGGAGGAGGAGGAGGUGGACCUGUGGCUGGCAGCGGAACCGGAAGCACGGUGGUCGGGAGCAAUGGCGUGAUUGUGGCCGGAGGCGGGGCCAAUGUGCCGACUUCGAAUUUAAACAUUGUUGUCGAAGAACCCGAAUUUACUGAAUACAUCGAAAAUGUAACUGUACCUGCUGGACGUAAUGUUAAGCUCGGCUGCUCCGUUAAAAAUCUCGGCUCAUAUAAGGUCGCCUGGAUGCACUUCGAGCAGUCCGCCAUCCUGACCGUGCACAACCACGUGAUCACGCGCAACCCGCGAAUCAGUGUCACGCACGACAAGCACGACCGCCACCGCACGUGGUAUUUGCAUAUCAACAACGUGCACGAGGAGGACCGGGGUCGCUAUAUGUGCCAGAUCAAUACGGUGACGGCCAAAACGCAGUUCGGCUACCUGAACGUCGUUGUUCCGCCGAACAUCGAUGACUCGCUGAGCUCCAGCGAUGUGAUUGUGCGGGAGGGGGCCAACAUUUCGCUGAGGUGUCGGGCGAGCGGCAGUCCCAGACCCAUUAUCAAAUGGAAGCGCGACGAUAACUCCCGCAUAGCCAUCAAUAAGAAUCACAUAGUUAACGAGUGGGAGGGCGACACCCUCGAGAUAACUCGCAUCUCCCGGCUGGACAUGGGCGCCUAUCUGUGCAUCGCCUCCAACGGGGUUCCGCCCACGGUUUCCAAGCGCAUCAAAGUCAGCGUGGACUUUCCUCCUAUGCUGCUUAUACCUCAUCAACUGGUUGGUGCCCCAGAAGGUUUCAAUGUAACCAUAGAAUGCUUCACCGAGGCACAUCCCACUUCUCUGAACUAUUGGACACGUGGCGAGGGACCAAUCAUCCACGAUUCGCACAAGUACAAAGUUGAAGCUACAGUUGGAUUGCCAGCUUAUAAAACCCAUAUGAAGUUGACCAUCAUUAAUGUAAGCAGUGGAGAUGAUGGUAUCUACAAAUGCGUGGCCAAGAAUCCCAGAGGUGAAACGGAUGGCAUUAUACGUCUAUAUGUAUCCUAUCCUCCAACUACUGCCUCAUCGGGUCUGUACUCCACCGAUUCGCAUUGGGGAGAGAACGGAAUCAAUAACAAUUAUGCGUAUGGAGGUUCCGACUCCACGAGAUCCAUUUAUGCGCAGGAUAAAAAUACGCGAUACCAAUCGAAUUUGAACGAAAUCGGUUUAUCUGAACAAAAAUCCUUCCUAGAUAAGACGCAGAACCCGCUGUUGGCCAAUGGCAAUGCCAACGAGGCGGAUGCGGAAUCCCAUGGAUGCGGAAUCCAUAGCCCUUCGAUGGCCAUUGCGUGGCUGUUCGCCGUCGCCUCAACACUGUUGUUAACAAUCCGAUCUGCGGUUGGUUCUAGCCCUAGCCUAAGUCUAUGUUAGUUAAUGCAAAUCUAGCUUAGAGUUACCUACUUCAAUUAUGUAUGGGAUUAGCUGUAAGGCUUCACGUAACAUUAGCGAAUAAAGUGCACAAGGAUAUGUGCGUGUAAUGGACUAGUCCCUAGUGAAACAGACCCUAAUUACGAUCCGCCCUUCCCCCAUAUAUACUCCAGUGUAUCUAUAUGUGAGACACCAGGCCCAGAAGAGCUUGGUAAGCAUAUGUAUAGCCAUCAAUCACAAAACCUAGUCGGGACUCUAUAUACACACAUUUGCAUCUGUGUCUAGGAGGUAAGAUGAACCAACCAAAGGGUAAAUGCAACUUCAUUUUGCUUUCAAUGCUGUGCUUCAAACUGAGAACGUUUCAUAGUUAUCACCUAAUAUACCACGGUCUAUAUGAAUAUGCAUAAACUUCUAUAUAUUCGUGCGUUAAACGCUGCUGACUCACACUUGCAUAUAAGAUUACAGACACCUAAUUAUAUUAUUAUGCAUACGCCUUAAGGAUUGCAAGCUGAAAUGCAAAUUAAACAUAGAAAAAUAAGGCACCACACAUAUCGAUCAUGGAAAUUGUUUAGCUAAGCCGAAAAUACCGAAAACCUAUAAAUUCUUGUAGAUAUAGGCAGGUUCAGUUUAGGAACACACUUUACACUCUUUUGAUUAACUUUUAGUUCCACUUUCAGUCGAUGAUAACAAUAUUAAUACUAUAUUAAAUGUGUCUUUAAAUUAUAUGCCAAAAUAUUAAGUUAAAUCUCUGUUUACCGUUCAAUUAAAUAAUUUAAAUGAUCCCCGUUUCAACUUGGUUCAUAAAAUAUUUCUGCCGCAGCCCAUUAGAUUAAAUCUUUUUCGGUCAUCAUAAGCCAACAACUUAAUUACAAUGUAACUAAUGGAUUAAUAUUAAUGUAAAGAUAAACGGAAAUGUUAAACAUUUAAGCUAAAAUAAUAAAGGUAAAAUUGUGUUGCUUUAAAUACAAAUUAAAAUAGAAGCAGGAAAGCAUGUUGAAUGAUAAGAAAUAUAUUUGAAUUGAACGCAGAGCUAUGGACACAAUUGAAAAAGAUAUAUACAUAUAUAUAAAUUAUAUACAAUUAUAGACCUACGUAUAUACAAAGAAACACACGCGUACACGGACUACACUUAUAUAACAUGUAUUUAAGCAUAUAAAAUGAGUUGUAACUGAGGCAUUAAA